AUGAACUGGAUGGAAAAGAGACGUGUUGAGACGGAACUGGAAGACGACUGCGAGCUCGCUGUUCUCAUUCUCGGCGAAUCAGGCUCCGGCCAGGCCGGCCUGACCGCGGCCGCGAGGUUAAAGAUGCUGGGUGUCAAUUCCCUCAUCAUUGACCAGAACGACCGUGUGGGGGACAACUGGCGAAAGCGAUACCACCAUCUCGUCCUCCACGACCCUGUAUGGUACGACCACAUGCCCUACGUUGCUUUUCCUCCCCAAUGGCCGAUCUUUACACCCAAGGACAAGCUCGCGCAGUUCUUCGAGGCUUAUGUGGAUAUUCUCGAGCUUAAUGUCUGGUUGAAAUCGACGGCUACAAGCAGCAAGUGGGACAAAGCAAAAGGCAUGUGGACCGUCACCGUUGAACGCCGAAUGGACGACGGCUCUACUCAGACCCGAACGUUGCGCGUGCGCCAUAUAAUCCAGGCAACAGGGCAUUCCGGCCAGAAAAAUGAGCCACAGAUAAAGGGCGCGGGGACAUUCAAAGGGGACCGGAUCUGCCACUCCUCCGAGUUCCCCGGCGCUCAGCCAAGUAAUGGUGAGAAGAGGGCCGUGAUUGUCGGCAGCUGUAACUCGGGCCACGACAUUGCCCAGGACUUCUUCGACAAGGGAUACGAUGUCACCAUUGUGCAGCGGUCGAGUACUUGUGUCGUGUCUAGUCGCGGGAUAACGGACAUUCUACUCAAAGGGCUCUACGUAGAGGGCGGACCACCCGUCGAUGACGCCGACAUGCUCACGCAAAGCCUUCCGAACACCAUUCUCAAAGCUUUGCAUUGUCAAGUUGUUAAUCACCAGAAAGCGCUCGACAGAGAUACCACAGACGGGCUGAAGAGAGCUGGCUUCAAAGUGAACUACGGCCCGGAUGAGGCAGGACUGUUCUUCAAUUAUUUACAGCGUGGCGGAGGCUACUACAUCGACGUCGGCACGUCUAAACUCAUUGCUGAUGGAAGCAUCAAGGUCAGGCAGGGCCUGGAAGUUUCCGAGAUUCUACCAGAUGGCAUCCGACUCGCCGAUGGGUCGGAACUUCAGGCUGACGAGGUUGUUCUUGCCACCGGAUACGACACCAUGGAAUCACAGACGAGAGUGAUAUUUGGCGAUGAGGUGGCAGACCGCGUAUGUGAUGUCUGGGGUUUUAACAAGGAGGGCGAAAUGCGAACCAUCUGGCAGCAAAGCGGACACCCGGGGUUCUGGUUUCACGCGGGAAACCUUGCGCUCUGCAGGUACUAUUCCAAGCUCCUGGCUCUGCAGAUCAAGGGCCUCGAAAAGCAACAAUUUGUCUGGAAUGGCGAUCAAGAAGACCUGUCUUCGUCAGUGGAUAACCCCUGA